UUUGCUUCCAUGCAUGGAAUUCUCCUCCAACUAGAGAGAGAAACACAAAGAGAAAGAGUCAUUGUUUUGGUUUGAUUCUACUCUUAUAGCCUCGUUCAUCGCCAUCAUUAGUGACUCAUCAUUGUCUUCUUCUAAAGCUUUGAUUUUUCUUUGCUAUGAAAAUUGCCCUUUGAUUUCUUUUCUUUCCUUGUUUUAGCUUUCAAGAAAGGCUAAAUGUGUGUGUACUUGAGCAGUAGGAUCUCAAGAGACUCUCUCGGUGGGUCUGAUCUUGUACUUUACAGAAACUGUCACAUCCUCUCAACGCUUUUGAUUCUCCUGAUCAAUCAAUAGUGACCAAGAAAAAAAACUUCGUGAUCUGUUUUCUCUGUUUCUUGAUCUGGAUUUGAUUUGUCUUUGCUUACUAUGAUUUUGGGUCUUCUUUCAAUCAUGAAAAUGCUGCAUAUUUCAAAGCUCUAGGAAAGGUAUGAGUCACUGAUCUUGCUUUCUUUACUGGGUAUUUUUUGUUUUCUGCUGUUAGAUUAAUCAUGGAACCGAAGAAAAAAUUGUUCAUUUGUAAGUUUUGCGACAAGAGGUUUCCUUGUGGCAAGUCGUUGGGUGGUCAUAUUAGGAUCCAUUUCAAUGGCAAUGGGAAUGGGAAUUCAAUUGAUGUUGAAGAAGAGGAAAUGAAGCUCAACGCAAGCAAGUCUUUUGCAGCUGCUAAUGGAAGUAAUAGCAAGAGAGACUCUGAGGUCGAAGCUGUUGCCCAAUCUGGUUAUGGUCUUAGAGAAAACCCCAAGAAAACAAGGAGGUUUAUGGUGGAUUCAAGCAACAAUAGCUUUCUGCAAGAAAAGGUGUGCAAGGAAUGCGGUAAAGGGUUUCAAUCAUUGAAAGCUCUUUGCGGUCACAUGGCUUGUCACUCCAAGAAUAGCUAUGAAGAUCACUCAGAGACUACUGAGAAGCUGAAAGAUCAAGUUAUGGAUAGCCAAUCUGAUACUGAGACAUCGACUCCAGGUAAGCGAAGGAGAUGCAAAAGGAUGAGGUAUAACACUGCUGGUGUUUACUCUUCUUUAUUUUCUUUGGCAAAUGGUUCUCUGUCUUCUGCUUCUGAUAUAGAGCAAGAGCAGGAAGAGGUAGCUAUGUGUUUGAUGAUGUUGUCUAAGGAUUCUGGUUUUAAAGGUUGUUUUAGUUCGUUUGCAGAUUCCUCAGAUAACAAUUCUGUGGUUUUGGAGACUAAAUCAUCGUCUCCCAAAAUGAAAAUUAGUGUAAAGAAUGGUGUUAAUAAUGGUAAUGGGAUUUUGGAGAUGAAGAAAGCAAAGCUACAGGAAAUGGUGUCAAUUGAAAAUGAUCACUCUGAAAAUUCUGAUUAUGGGUGUUUUAGGAAUAGGCUCAAAAGGGUUGAAUCUGAUAUUUCUGUUCAUGUAAAUACUGGGAAAAAUGAGAUGAAGAAGCAUAAAGUGGAAUAUGGGUCUAGAUUUGAAGAGGACUUUGAUCCUGAAUUGGGCAAAAGAUUAAGCAGGUUUAGGCGUAUUAAAAUGGAAUUAAGGAAGGAUCUGGUGGAGGAAGAUAGAUAUGAUGAAGCUGACAGAGCUUCAAUGAAGUAUGAUUCAAGAAAGAACAGCAAGAAUGAUGCUUACAAUCCUGAAUUUCUUAGCAGCAGUGCUACAAAGACAGCAAGUAAAUGUCCUCCUGUUGGGGGAUACAAAACCCACCAUAAAAAGACUAAUACAUGUAGUGACAGAGUAUAUGAGAGUGGUGAGAACAUGAUAGAAACUGAGUGUGUUCCUAGUAAAUUGCCUAGUAGCAGUAAGAUGAGCAAAUUUAGCAGUGGAAAAAACCCAAUUGAGAAGAAUUGGUCUGGCAAUUCAGAGAAAAAAUUGGGCAUGAGAAAAGGCAAAGUACAUGAAUGUCCAUUUUGCUUUAAGGUUUUCCGAUCAGGUCAAGCAUUAGGUGGUCACAAGAGGUCACAUUUUGUUGGAGGGGCUGAGGAUAGAAAUAUGGUGAUUAACCAAGAGGUUCCUGAGAUAUCAAUGUCUGGACUAAUUGAUCUCAAUCUUCCUGCUCCAAUGGAAGAAGAUGCAAAUGGGUAUUACAUUCCAACAUGGUAAAGUCUUGAGUUUCUUCAAGUGUACAGGCAGGUUGGUGAAUGUUUUUAGUUGUUUUGCUUCAGAUUCAAGAAUGUCUUACAGUGGUAGCUGUUCCAUUUGUUGCUUAAGAAAUGUACGAAGUAUUAUCUUCCUUUUUUUCCCUUAAAUUCAUAGGCCCUUUUUCACUAUAAAGUUUCUUUCUUUACUGUGAAUCCUGAAUGAAGCUUACUUGAUUUUCUUCA